GAGCGCAUACCCAAAAAUUUAGUGAAGAGUAUGCAUGCCUUUUUGAGAGGGAAUUCCAAAUGACUUCACCAUCAAACCAAACAACGACUCCUUCUCUCUUUCCCAACAACUCUCUCCUAAUUCUCCAUCUCUCUCCCUUCUCGUACACGUACUCACUCUAUACACAUAUAUAAACACACUUGCUACUUCUCUCAUCAAUCAAACAUGGAUUCUCUACUCAUCAUCCUCCUCGUCUCCGCCGCCACCUCAGCCUACCUCAUCUGGUUCUGCCUCCUCGCCCGCACCCUAACCGGGCCCCCCGCCUGGCCGCUCGUGGGCAGCCUCCCCUACACCUUCCUCAACCGCCGCCGCUUCCACGACUGGAUGGCCGCCACCCUCCGCUCCACGGGCGCCGCCGCCACCUACCAGACGUGCACGGUGGCCGUCCCCUUCCUGGCCCGGCGGCAGGGGUUCUACACCGUGACGUGCCACCCGAGCAACAUCGAGCACAUCCUCCGCACCCGCUUCGACAACUACCCCAAGGGCCCCACCUGGCAGACCGCCUUCCACGACCUCCUCGGCCAGGGCAUCUUCAACAGCGACGGCGACACCUGGCUCAUCCAGCGCAAGACCGCCGCCCUCGAGUUCACCACCCGCACCCUCCGCCAGGCCAUGGCCCGCUGGGUCAGCCGCACCAUCCGCACCCGCCUCUGGGUCAUCCUCGAGAAGGCCGCCCGCGACCGCCGCCCCGUCGACCUCCAGGAUUUGUUGCUCCGCUUGACCUUUGAUAACAUCUGCGGCCUCACCUUCGGCAAGGACCCCGAGACGCUCUCGCCGGAGAUGCCCGAGAAUCCCUUCGCCGUCGCCUUCGACUCCGCCACCGAGGCCACGCUGCAGAGACUGCUUUACCCCGGCUUUCUCUGGAAGCUGAAGAAGUUUCUCGACGUCGGAGCUGAGAGGAGGCUCAGGAAGAGCUUACAGGUGGUGGAAAAGUACAUGUCGGAAGCCCUAGAAGCUCGGAAAGAGAGGCCGUCGGACGAUCUGCUGUCGCGAUUCAUGAAGAAGAAAGACGCGGACGGCAAGCUGUUCCAGAGCUCAGUCCUGAAACGCAUCGCCCUCAACUUCGUCCUGGCCGGAAGAGACACCUCCUCCGUCGCCCUCAGCUGGUUCUUCUGGCUCGUCAUGAACUCCGCCGCCGUCGAGGACAGGAUCAUCCGCGAGAUCUCCUCCGUGCUGCGCGCCACCCGCGGCCCCGACACCUCCAAAUGGACGGAGGAGCCGCUCACCUUCGACGAGGCCGACGCCCUCGUCUACCUGAAGGCCGCGCUCGCCGAGACUCUCCGCCUCUACCCCUCCGUGCCGGAGGACUUCAAGUACGUCGUCGCCGACGACGUCCUCCCCGACGGCACCGCCGUGCCGGCCGGAUCCACGGUCACCUACUCGAUCUACUCGGUGGGGAGGAUGAAGAGCGUGUGGGGCGAGGAUUGCUUGGAGUUCAAGCCGGAGCGAUGGCUCUCCGCCGCCGGAGACCGCUUCCAGCUGCCCAAGGAUGGAUACAAGUUCGUCGCCUUCAACGGCGGGCCCCGCACGUGUUUGGGGAAGGAUUUGGCUUACCUGCAGAUGAAGUCCGUGGCGGCGGCGGUGCUCCUCCGCUACCGCCUCUCCUUGGCUCCCGGCCACCGGGUGGAGCAGAAGAUCUCGCUCACUCUGUUUAUGAAGACUGGCCUUAGGGUUCACUUGACGCCGCGUGAGCUGCUGCUGCCGCCUCACGCGGCCGCUGCAGCAGUGACGGCGUAGACGGGUCGCCGGAAUGGAAUUUUUUUUUUUAUCGGAAAAAUGAUGCAUGCAUGGAAUGGAAUUGAAAUACGGGUUUGAACUGUGAUGAGAUUGGAAGGGCAUAUUUGUCAUUACUUGAUUACUAUGUGUUUGUUUGAAUUGUUUAUUUUAUACUUAUUUGGUUGCACAUACUCUAUAUUUCGAUGAAUUAUAAUGUAUGACAAUUAGUAGCCUAAAUUAAAUUGUACUAUAGAGUGUAUUAAUUGAAAAAAAAUUGGUCUUUGUAUACAAUUUACCUCAAUUUUCAAUAAUAAAUUAAUUUCUUUUUCUUUU